AUCAAAAUUCUCCACGGAGCAAGCUACCCAGUCUAUUAUCUACUACAACGAAACAUUCCAUUUCUCGUUCAUCGCUCCCCUUCUCAUUCUUCCUUUUUUGGGACUUGCUGGAGAUUGUGAGGUUGUGAAAAGUGUUGAGUCUUGGUAGCCAAAAAGUUAUUAAUUUUUUACAAAAAUGGCCAUUGGAGAUUUAAAAUCAAAGCAAGGAGUUGAAGCUCUUAACAAUUAUCUUCAAGAUAGGAGCUAUAUUGAAGGUUACCAAGCCACACAAGCCGAUGUCGCUGUAUUCGAUGGAUUGGGCAAGUGCCCCGACUCGACAACACCCCACGCACUCAGGUGGUACAAACACAUCAAGUCGUACAACAACGAUGAGAAGAAGAAGCUGCCAGGCGAGAAGAAAGUGCCCGCCGCCUUUGGUUCAGCCGGAGGUGCCGCCCCCGCACCCGCUGCCAACAAGGACGACGAUGACGACCUCGAUUUGUUCGGAUCUGACGAUGAAGAGGAUGCGGAAGCAGCGAGAAUUAGAGAGGAAAGGUUGAAAGCGUAUUCUGAGAAGAAAUCGAAAAAGCCAACACUGAUUGCGAAAUCAAGUAUAGUGAUGGAUGUAAAGCCUUGGGAUGACGAAACCAACAUGCAAGAAAUGGAGGCCAAAGUUAGAUCCAUCGCAAUGGACGGACUUGUCUGGGGAGCCUCAAAAUUGGUACCUGUCGGCUAUGGUAUCAAAAAGCUGCAGAUUAUAAAAUGAUUCACUUUGUAAAUAUUUGUUCGAUAAAUUCAACACUACAUAAUAUAGUAUGUAUAAAACUAAUUUUUAUCAUCAAUGUAAGAUUGAAUUUAGAUUGCUGUGUAAUAUGACUGGUUGGUAUUAUUUUCAAUUCAUUAACAUACGGCAUUUGUUGUAAUUGCAGCAAAAUUGGUACCUGUCGGCUAUGGUAUCAAGAAGCUGCAGAUUAUGUGUGUAGUUGAAGACGAGAAGGUGUCCGUUGAUCUGCUCACCGAGGAAAUCCAAGCAUUCGAAGACUUUGUUCAAUCAGUUGAUAUUGCAGCAUUCAACAAAAUCUAAUCCAAACACCUGUGUAUGUUCCAUCAAAUUCUUGUAUUUAAAAUACUUGAUAAUAAAUAAUUUAAGU